AUGGCCUCACAAAAAGUCACAUCCGCCCUUUCGGCCAUCGAACAAAAUCCCCACCAGCCCACAAAGCUCCAGCAAUACAAUGACCUCCUCAAUGAUAUCGUGGCCAGCUCCUCCGGCGACGAGCUCGCGCAAGAUAUAGUCUACUACCUAGACUCCAUCCUGAACGAAGACGUCAGUAUUGUCGCCGCUCGACCCCUCCUCGACUCCUUCGUCGCCGUCCUACGAAAGUUCGACUCCGAAGUCACAAUCAAAGUCGGUCAACACGCCGUCACCCUCCUCCAGUCGCGAGCCACAUCCGUCGAAGAACAAGACUCCCAGAUCCGCGAGAUCCUCGCCGAAGCAUACGAGGCCGAGGAGGAAUACACAGCCGCCGCGCGCGCAUUGCAGGGAAUAAACAUCGACAGCUCCCAGCGACUCGUCUCCGACGCAGCCAAGGCCCGCCUUUGGAUCCGCAUCGUACGAUAUUACCUAGAAGAUGACGAUACCACCAAUGCCGAGGCCGUCUUGAACCGCAUCAAGAACCUACCCAGCAAGAUCGAAGACCACGACGCCAAACUCUACUUCCAGCUCUCGCAGGCUCGCAUUCUCGACGCCCGUCGGCGUUUCCUGGACGCUGCGCAGGAAUACUUUAACGUGAGCUUGGCUUCUGGCGUGGAUGAGGGUGAUCGAUUGACGGCGCUGUCAGCUGCUAUCCGCUGCGCAGUCCUGGCUCCGGCCGGGCCUCAACGGUCGCGAUCACUUUCCCGUCUUUACAAGGAUGACCGGACGCCUUCGGUUGACGAGUUUUCGAUUCUGGAGAAGAUGUUCCUUGAUCGAUUGCUUAAUGCGGACGAAGUUGCUGCUUUUGCGAAGAAGCUUGCUCCCCACCAGCUCGCUGUCACCGCGGAUGGCACAACCGUCCUCGAUAAGGCGGUUAUUGAACACAAUCUCGUCGCUGCCAGCAAGCUCUAUGAGAAUAUCAAGAUUGAUGCCCUUGGAGCGAUCCUUGGCCUGCAAGAUUCUACCGACUUUUCCGCCGGCGAGAAGGCGGAGGCUUAUGCUGCUCGUAUGGUGGAGCAGGGUCGACUACGUGGUCAGAUUGACCAGAUUGAGGGUGUUAUCUCCUUCGAGACUGAAAUUGGUGGUGGCUCAAAGACCUCGACAAGCUCUUGUCUUCGCCAGUGGGAUCUUGGUGUGCAAGAGCUCGCUGAAGAUGUAGAACGUGUGGCUACUAGUAUAUCUGACCAAUUUCCGGAUUUCUCUACAAGUCAGAUGGUGCAUUGA